AUGGCUUACUCCCAGCUUGGAUACUCCUACCCCACCACACCACAGUUUCUGACGACCUCCAGCUCUCUGUCCAGUGGUUUGGAACCGGGAACGCCUCCGUCACACCCAGGCCACCAGCUCAACUCUGGCACCGGCAUUGGAGUGUACAGCGGCCCUUAUGCAAAGAGCCAAAGUUACUACAACACCUGCGCCAGCGACGCCACCGCUCUCUAUUCCAGAGGACCACCAGAUCCUAAAGACGGAGCUGCAUCUGCACAUGUAGGAACAUCUCAGACUCCUGCCUACUAUCCUUAUGAAUACACAUUGGGACAGUAUCCCUAUGACAGAUAUGGGUAUUCCUGCUCUGAUGGUGCUUCCCGUCGUAAAAAUGCAACCCGAGAGACCACCAGCACGCUGAAGGCUUGGCUGCAGGAACACCAGAAGAACCCCUAUCCCACAAAGGGAGAGAAGAUAAUGCUUGCUAUCAUUACUAGGAUGACCCUUACACAGGUGUCUACUUGGUUUGCCAAUGCACGCAGAAGGCUAAAGAAGGAGAAUAAGGUCACGUGGUCACCGCGGGCUUGUAAAAGUUGCGAUGACCAAGGCUGUGAUGAUGACAGUGACGAAGCUGAGAAGCCUCUGAAAUCUGAGAAAGACCUUUCUGAUCAACAGCGUGAAGACAUGCAGAGUGACCUUGAUGACUUUGAACUGCUUGAAUCAGAAGGUUCUGACUGUGAGCAGAAGCCACAGUUUCUGCCUGAGGACAAUAAUGCAAACCCUAACACAGACCCCCGACAUCGGCAUCUCACACGCAACCCUGACCCGCUGCAAGGAAAAGAGAGAGCGUCCCCAGGAUGUCACAAACUCACAUCGGUCCAACAGCAAAAAAACACCUAUUAUCCUAAUCAGGACCUUCGAAGUACAGAAAUCAAGCCAAAAAUUUGGUCCAUUGCUCACACUGCUGCGUCAUUAGAUGGCCGAUUGCAUCCAGAAUACCCUCCAUGCAUGCUGUCAUCGACUGGUUCUUCUGGUCCUGGGUAUCCAUCAAACAUGGCGCUGACCAAGGCAGACAGGCAACAGGAAUCGCCAGUAGCAUCGCUCAGAGAAUGGGUGGACGGAGUUUUUCAUGGUCCUUCUUUCCAUCAGACCAAACCAGCUGACGUGUGGAAAGGCUUAAACGAUUCAGACAGCAGAACACCCGGACAAUCCUUUGAAGUAGUUAGGUCUACGUCUUUGUAG